AUGAACCAAGAAGAUGUAUACGCUGAAGAAGCACAAGAGGAGUUGUUGAAUCGGGAAUCGCAGGACAGCACGCACAGGCAACGUCGACCGAAAAGUAAUGUUCGCUUUGACGCGACAGACACAACAUCGGACAUUGAGGAUGAAAACAGUCCUUUGAUAGACAACCUUCUAUCGCCACGACGGCCAGGUCAAAAAAGAGGCUAUAGCUAUGAGCGAGCCAUUAACGAGCCAUGGACUGGGGCGCACGGGAGAGGCCAUUUACCUUGGUACAAGAAGCCAUCGGUAUACUGGCUUCUGCCAGCUUUCUUCCCCUUCUGCAUAGCAUUUGGCGGUAUUAUAGUUCCAAAAACCUACCUCGUCCAAGACCUGAUAUGCAGAGACCUCAUGAGAGACCGAGCCCUCAAAGAUCCAACCUUUAGUUUCGCCCCAAUUAGCCCAGGACUUAGGAAUCCAGUAUGCGACGAUGACAACGAAGUCCAGGCAAAGACAGCAUUGUUCUCAACGUAUACCAGCUUGCUCUCGGGCAUAUUCUCAGCAAUUGUUGCUCCGCAUUUUGGCGCUCUGUCUGACAGAAUUGGGAGAAAACCCGUUAUUGUGUGUGCAACCUUUGGCUCCUUCAUUGGUGAACUCAUCACAAUCAUUGUUGGCACAAAUCCUGAAAGUAUAUCUGUAUACUGGCUACUUCUAGGAGCUCUGGCGGAUGGGCUCUGUGGUUCCUUUACUACAAGCAUGGCUUUGUGCUUCGCCUAUGCGUCUGACUGCACGGCGCCAGAGCGGAGAAACGUGGCAUUUGGACAUUUCCAUGCAAACCUUUUCGCAGGCAUUGCCUUUGGACCGGUCGUUGCCGCAAUCCUCAUGAAGGCUACUGGUAACAAUGUUAUGGUUCCUUUCUACUUCGCCCUCGGAUGUCAUGUCUUCUUCAUUCUCUUCACCAGUCUGGUGGUACCGGAGUCAUUGUCCAAGGAACGGCAAAUAAUUGCUCGUGAGCGACACAGAAACGAGCGCUCGGGUCGACAAUGGUCCACUAAAGACCUAAACAUCUUUGGUCCACUGUCCAUCCUGUGGCCUAAAGGGCCUGGCUCCUCACCCAAGCUCCGUCGCAAUCUGGUCACACUGGCUGCGAUCGAUACCCUGAUGUUCGGCGUCGCUAUGGGCACUAUGCAGAUCGUCCUGAUAUAUGCAAGAAAGCGAUUCCAUUGGGAUCCUACGCAGUCCGCUGGUUAUCUGUCCACAGUCAACAUUUGCAGAGUUAGUGUUCUCCUUUUCAUUCUACCUCUGAUUACACGAUGGGUCAGAGGUCCUGCUUCAGAACAACCUAAAGGGCAUCGUGGCUCUGACAAGCUCGAUCUUGGUAUCAUUCGGGUUUCGAUCAUAUUCGAUCUGAUAGGCUAUCUUGGUUAUGCUUUCACGCCCUCCGGGCCUGUCAUGGUCAUUUCUGGUAUGGUAGCAUCGCUGGGAGGUAUUGGACCUCCUACUUUGCAGUCAUCCAUGACGAAGCACAUCCCUGCUGAUCGGACAGGGCAGGUCCUAGGUGCAUCCGGGCUCCUGCAUGCGCUUGCUCGCGUUGUGGCACCUGUCAUCUUCAACCUUAUCUACAGUAGAACCGUUGCUACUUUUGCAGGUCUUGUCUUUGUCUGCCUUGGAAGCAUAUUCGUUGUUGUAUUUGUACUGAGUUGGUUCAUCAGACCAGGCGUGUACCUAGAUGAGAAGCUCGAGUCAGAGUCUGGAAGGGAGGAGGAUGGACAAUCUUUGUAG